GAUGAAGGCCAAACGUAUGUGGAGUUUAGUCGUGGACAGCUCAGACUUCUGACAACAAGAUGUUUUUUUUUUCUCCUCAACGCUCAAUAUGUAAAGAGCAUGAGAGCAACGUGGCUCAUGAGUGGCUCAAGAGUUGCUGGUCUUAAAGGAAUUCCCAUGCACGGACCACUUACACUUUAGCUAGUCCGGCUAGUGGAAUCCACUAUGCUUAUCGGGAUCGGUUUUCAAUCGAUAAGAAAAAAAAAUCCCUAAGAGAUGGGAAGACGGGUAAAAGCAAGACAGCCCACUUUCUCAAUUCUCAAGCUUGACUUUUCAAACAUUGAUUUCUUUCGCAAGAUAAAUUAAUACAACAAAACCCCGUCGCAAGUUUUUAUUGUAAAAUAUGGAGUCAGCCAAGUUCGCAAAGAAGAGGAAGUUCAAGGACGCCAACGGCUCCAAAAGCGCCGAGUCAAAGUCAAAGGCGCUUCCAGUCAAAGCACCCAAGUCCAAGAAGCUGAAGCGAGCUGAACCCGAAAUUGCUGCUGAAUCCUCGAGCGACGAUUCCGAAGCUGAAGAUGAUGUCGCAGAACAAAGUUCGGACGAUAACGAGGAAGGAAAUGAUGAUAAUGAUAAUGAGGAAGAAAUAGACGAAGAUGCCAAAGAAACCUCUGAAUUGAAUAAGAGAGUCGAAGCAGCAAAUGCCGACGACGAAGAUACCAACCAAAAUUCUCAAAAUACAGAUUUGCCUACCGAAAAUGCCAUCGCUGCCCUCCAGACUGCGAUCGGCUCCGAUGCGCAAAACUUCGCCGACUUAAACCUGUCAGAAAAGACUACCAAGGCCAUCAAGGAGGAUAUGGGCUUUGAGAAGAUGACGACUAUUCAACGGAAAGCAAUCCCACCUUUACUAGCUGGUCGUGAUGUGCUCGGUGCUGCAAAGACGGGAAGUGGAAAGACUCUGGCCUUCCUGAUUCCCGCCGUGGAAAUGUUGAGCGCGCUGCGAUUCAAGCCGCGAAAUGGAACCGGUGUCAUCGUCGUCUCUCCUACCAGAGAGUUGGCCCUGCAGAUUUUCGGUGUCGCCCGCGAGUUGAUGGCACACCACUCCCAAACAUACGGAAUCGUUAUCGGAGGAGCAAACCGCAGAGCAGAGGCUGAAAAGCUAGCCAAGGGAGUGAAUCUUAUUAUUGCGACCCCUGGAAGACUCCUGGAUCACCUACAAAAUACCCCUUUCGUCUUCAAGAAUUUAAAGUCUCUGAUCAUAGACGAAGCCGAUCGUAUAUUAGAAAUAGGUUUCGAGGACGAGAUGCGUCAAAUUAUCAAAAUCCUACCGAGCGAAGGCAGGCAGACCAUGCUGUUCUCUGCCACCCAAACUACUAAAGUCGAAGAUCUUGCCAGGAUCUCCCUUCGACCUGGUCCUCUCUACAUUAAUGUCGAUGAAGAGAGCACCAGCUCUACCGUUGCGGGACUUGAACAGGGAUACGUUACCUGUGAGGCGGAUAAGCGGUUCCUUCUUCUUUUCUCGUUUUUAAAGCGGAAUUUGAAGAAGAAGGUUAUCGUGUUUUUCUCCAGCUGUGCAAGUGUCAACUACUAUGCUGAGCUUUUGAAUUAUAUCGAUCUACCUUGCUUAUCUCUUCACGGUAAGCAGAAGCAACAGAAGCGCACAAAUACGUUCUUCGAGUUCUGCAACGCCAAAACCGGCAUCCUUCUGUGCACGGACGUUGCGGCCCGUGGUCUAGAUAUUCCAGCCGUCGACUACAUAGUUCAGUUCGAUCCCCCCGAUGAUCCUCGCGACUACAUCCAUCGGGUUGGUCGAACAGCACGUGGCGCAAACUCCAAAGGUCGCAGUCUCCUCUUUCUACAACCCCACGAGCUUGGUUUCCUGUCUCAUUUGAAGGAGGCUCGCGUGCCCGUGCUAGAGUAUGAAUUCCCCGCGAAGAAGAUUCUGAAUGUCUCUUCACAACUCGAGAAGCUUAUCUCGCAGAACUACUAUCUUAACCAGAGCGCCAAGGAUGGUUACCGAUCAUACCUCCACGCCUAUGCAAGCCAUAGCUUGCGUUCCGUCUUUGAUGUGCAUAAAUUGGACUUGGCAAAGGUUGCCAGAAGUUUCGGCUUCUCUACGCCACCACGAAUUGACCUUACAUUAGGUGCGAGCAUGAGCAGAGAUAAGAAGACUCAGGGAAGAAGAGCGUACGGCAGCCAGCCCAGGCAAACCCAGAAGUUCAAGAGGCGAUGAGUACCAGAUAUGUACCUAUUCAUAAUCGUGGAGUUAUGGUUGUGCUUUUCAUAAUAUACCAGCUUUUGUAGUUGAUUCUUUUAUACGAGAA